AUGUCCAAUAUGAAGACCCUGUCCUGGUUUGUGUUUGCCCUGUGUAUUCUCCAUGUGGUGGGUGAGGUGAUCUACAAGAGAAUUGGUCUGCCUGUCAAUAUUGAUUGUGGAGUCAAGACGUCUAACAAGGAUGUAGAGUGGAAACAUAAAGCUGUGGGGGAAAGUGAAUCUGUGUUGAUCAUGGGCAUUACAUGGAACAAUGGCAAGCAGCGGAAAGGAAAGGCUCCCAUGGUUGAAAGGGCGAAAAUUAGAUCGGGCAAGCUGGAAAUCUCUGCUCUACAGGGGGGUGACGCCGGACUUUACAUCUGUAUGGUGGACGGGAAAAAGAUGGAUCACAGACUCGACAUUGUCACAGUCAAUGUCCACCCCACCAAUGUCCUCAUCCAAGGCACCAAUGCUAUCCUCGAGUGCCAGGUGACAGGAGUGGAUCCCUUGCCCAGUGUGGAGUGGCUUAGGCCAGGUGGAAUGGCGGCAGGGGCCCCUGUACGACCUGGCUUUGGGAAUGUCUCUUUCAGCUCUGUGGCCCUGUCAGACACAGGAGAAUGGACAUGUCAGAUUACUCAGAAUGAGAAGACACACAAAGAGACUCAGACCAUCCACGUGAAAAGUUUGUUGACUGCUAAGCCCCUCUUGCCGGUGGAGGGCCAAGAUGAUGGGCAGGGGCACAGUGUACCUAACUCGGAUGUAAACACAGUGACAACUUGCUAUCACUGUACCAAAGGCAGCCAGCAGCCCGUUGAGGGGGUGUCCAUGCUGGGCUUAAGCCUGUGGGUGUGGGUGGCAGUGGGAGCAGGAUGCCUGAUCGUGGUCUUACUCCUGGUGACCAUUGUUCUCCUGCAUCGCAGGAACAAAAUAAUGAAGAGAAGAGACCGGAAGGUGAAGAACACCAGAGUGCCCCUGAGGUCCAACGACCACUGCCAGUGUAACCGCACACUAGUGGGUCCACCUCAGAGGACACAGAGAGAGAAGCCUUUGGCUGUACCACGGAAACAGCGCUGAUGGAGCGGAGUAUUAUGGGCUGGAACAGGCUUGAUCGACGACACAGGGUGGAUGGGAAAAUGAUAGAGAGAGAGAGAAAAGUAGUCUUGUACAGUUAGAGAGAUCCAAAGGGAGAGAGAGAGGGGGGGUGAGAUAAUGUAAAUGGCCUUAUGUCUGUUUCAAAAAUAUGAAUGAUGAAAUUAUAUAAACUGAAAAUCACGUGUUGAAGAAAGAAACAAGCAAUGUUAUUCUUACCUAGGUUAUUGAAUGUCAUCUGACGUCUUUCCAGCAUUGUCAGCAUUGCCAUCCUCUACUGCAUUGCAUCUUUGUACUUAGAUAAUAUUCAAUGAUUAUUCAUUUUCACACAAAGCCUCAGACUUUGUGUACGGUU